AUGCGUUUGCAGCGGGUCUCUGUGCCGCUGCUGCUGCUGCUGCUGCUCUCUCUGCUCGCGCCCUUUGCACGCGCCGACAUCCACACGCUCGAGGUCGACGACACGGGCGAGCGUCGCAGUCACCAACUUUGGCCUCCUCCAACGUGGCAUCAUCGACAUGACGCUGCUCUCAUCAAGAGCUUGUCGGGCGCGCCGUUGACCACCGCGCCGACAGCGAUUGUCAUUUGGCUCACGGAAACGGACGCAAUGUACUCUGAGACGUACAUCCAAACCAGCUGCCCGAUCAAGGCCGUGCCAGAGCGCAACGUCAUUCAGUUGUGGCUGAGCGCGAAUGGCGAGUUUACGACCAUCAGCCGCGGUGCAAACGCCAUGGCACGCGUGUCCUAUGGAACGGUCGAUGGAAAGCGCGUCGGCAAGGUCGCUCAGAACGAAUCCAGCGCCGUCUUCCCAAACGGCACAAAGUCCAUUGUCAUUGAAGCGACCGCACAAACCGAGUUCAUGUACGACGUUGCCUUCUUUAACUGCCACAAUCUCAUGGCCAGCCCGACCGGUGUCUCCUCUGUUCCGUACUCUGCCGUCUCCAUGAAGUUGCACAUUGAGCAAUACAAUCUCGACGCCUCCGGCAACCGCGACUACCUGUCUGCCAGCGAAUCGCCUCUGCCAAUCGUCCUCGUCGUCACUUCCGUUUGCUUUGUGUGCGCGGCAAUCCUUUGGACGGGAAUUUUGGUCAGUCGCCGCAACAUGGUCUUCAAGAUUCACUACUUGAUGCUUGUUUUGGUUUUCUUGAAGGCCUGCAGCUCGUUUUCGCUCGCGAUGCGCGACCGCACCCUUCAGACCGAAGGCACUGCCAACGAGGCAUGGCAAGUCUUUUACUACAUUUUCCGAUUUGCCCGCACUGGCCUGUUUUUCGUGGCAAUUGCCAUGAUUGGUGCCGGCUUCACAUUCAUCAAGUUCUACCUGUCGGCGCGAGAAAAGUACGUGCUGGCGGGAAUUCUGGGCUUGCAGCUGCUGUCGAACAGUGCCAGCAUCAUUUCCGAAGAGUUGGACGUGUCCGAUCAAAUGCACGCCGAGUGGAACCGAAUCAACAAGAUGGUGAACAUUAUCAGCUGUGGUGUUGUUCUCGUCAUGAUUAUGUGGUCGAUCAAGCAUUUACACAGCUCGAUCGGCGUUGACGGCAAAGCCAACCGCGCUCUCCCCAAGCUCAAGCUCUUCCGCUAUCUCUACGCCGCUGUGUUUAUCUACGUCUUCCUCAACGAGAUUUUUGUCGAGUUGCUCCGUCUUGCCUUGCCGUUCAAGUACGAGUGGUUGGCCAAGCUGUUUGAAGAGCUCCUGAUGCUCGGCUUUUUCAUCUGGAUCGGUGUGCACUUCCGCCCUGGCGCCGACAACCCGUACUUGCAAGUGUCGCAGGACGACGACGACGAAGAGAUUGCCAUGGACACGAUCGUUACCACAAACGAAGGUGCCAAUCCAGGUGGCCAGCUGACUGCUCGAAAUACGCAGCAGCGAAAUGCCGAUGAUUGA